AUGGGGAAGGGCAACCAGAGCUGUGUGACUGAGAUCGAGCUAUUGGGAUUCUCCGAUUUCCGGGCACUGCAAGUCCCACUCUUCGUGCUGGUGCUCGCCUUCUAUGUGUUUGCAGUGGUAGGGAACACACUGAUCGUUCUGGUCACAGCGGCUCACCCGGCCCUCCACACCCCCAUGUACUUCUUCCUCCGGAACCUGUCCUUCCUGGAGGUCUGCUACACCUCCGUCACCCUGCCCAAGCUGCUGGUGAACCUGCUCUCGGAGUCCCAGACCAUCUCCUUCCUGGGCUGCGGGGCUCAGAUGUGCUUCUUCCUGUUCUUCGGCAUCACGGAGUGCUGCCUGCUCUCCGCCAUGGCCUACAACCGCUACGUGGCCAUCUGCUGCCCCUUGCAGUACGCCCUCAUUGUGAACCAGCGGCUCUGUGCUCAGCUGGCGGGCGGUGCAUGGACCAUUGGUACCUUGGCAGCUUUCAGCCAAACUGUGUCAAUAUUUACAAUGCCCUUCUGUGGGCCUAACAGAAUCAGCCAUUUCUUCUGCGACAUCCUCCCUGUGUUGGGACUGGCCACCACCGACACCCACCAGUACGAAGCUGCCGUUACGAUCCUCACGGUGCUUCUUAUCCUGGUCCCGUUUUUGCUCAUCCUCUUGUCCUACAGCCUGAUCAUCUCCACCAUCCUGAAGAUGCCCUCGGCUGAGGGCAGACACAAAGCCUUCUCCACCUGCUCCUCACACCUCCUCGUGGUUUCCCUCUUCUAUGGCAGCGCAAUUCUUAUCUACAUGCAGCCCACUUCGGUGCAAUCCCAGGGCCAUGACAGGUUCCUUUCCCUGGUAUACACGGUGCUGACGCCAACAUUUAACCCUGUUAUUUACAGCCUGAGGAACAAGGAGAUAAAAAGUGCUCUCAGGAAAUCAACAGGCUGGAAGCUGUUCCCUCAGGCAACCUCUUUGGGUUGA